CUGUGUGCCCAGCCUGCCUCCCCGCCGCGCCCGGACCCGCGCCGCGCCCCGCUCCCCGCGCCGGCGCUGUCCUCCCGCCUCCUCCUUCUCCAGAAAAAGUCGCCAUUUUGGUUCACUGCCUUCGCCCCCCCGCGGUCGGCGCUUCCGGGCCAGGCUGCAGCCCGUGUCCGGCCUCAGGUGACAGAGAUGACUGAAUCCUUCUGUGUUGGAGGAGGCCGCCGGCUUCAAGGGUCCAGCAAAAGUGGAUCUGGAAAGGGUGGCAGCCGGAAGGAGGUCCAGCUUCCCAUGUUGCAGGACCCACCAAAGCUGGGUAUGCCAGUGGUCCACAGUGGACAUACAGUCCCUAGCCAGGCCUCACUCUGCUUUGAUCCCGGAAACACUGCCAGUGACAGGACAGAAGGGAAGAAAAAAGGGAGGCCGAAAGCUGAGAACCAAGCUCUCCGAGAUAUUCCUCUCUCCCUGAUGAACCAGUGGAAAGAUGAAUUCAAGGCACACUCAAGGGUGAAGUGUCCAAACUCAGGGUGCUGGCUAGAGUUCCCUAGCAUCUACGGGCUCAAAUACCACUAUCAGCGGUGCCAAGGGGUAAGGGGCUGCGGGUCGGGGAAGAGGAGGCCUGGGAGUGCGUCUGGGCAGAGGCCCCCGGGGCCCCAUCCCACACCUACCCUCCCUGCCCAGGGUGCUAUCUCAGAUAGGCUGGCCUUCCCUUGCCCCUUCUGCGAGGCCGCAUUCACCUCCAAGACCCAGCUGGAGAAGCACCGGAUUUGGAAUCACAUGGACCAUCCCCUGCCUGCCCCUAAGCCUGGCCCAGUCAGCCGACCGGUCACCAUCCACCGGCCUGUUGGGGUCAGCAAGCCCAUCGGAGUGAGCAAACCUGUUACUGUUGGCAAACCAGUGGGAGUCAGCAAACCCAUUGGCAUCAGUAAGCCAGUCACAGUCAGCAGGCCCAUGCCAGUCACCAAGCCUGUCACAGUCAGCAGGCCCAUGCCAGUCUCUAGGCCUGUGCCAGUCACCAAGCCCAUCCCAGUCACCAAGCCCAUCCCAAUCACCAAACACAUGCCGGUCACCAAGCUUGUGACAGUUACAAAACCUGUGCCACUCACCAAGCCAGUACCAGUCAGCAGGCCCAUUGUGGUCAGCAAGCCAGUGCCGGUCAGCAGGCCUAUUGCCAUCAGCAGACACACACCACCCUGCAAAAUGGUAUUGCUGACCAAAUCUGAGAACAAAACACCUCGUGCUACAGGCAAGAACAGCAAUAAGAAAAGGGCUGCAGACAGUUUGGACACCUGCCCCAUCCUGCCCAAGCAGGCAAGGCCAGAGAAUGGAGAGUAUGGCCCAUCCACCAUGGGCCAGAGUGUGACUUUCCAGCUGGGAACAGAUCCCAGCAACAGCUCCCUACUGCCAGGAAGCAGGCCUUUAAUGGGCAAAGAGGCACUUCAGCCUGCAGACCCGACAUCCCAGCCAGAGGAGGACCCCGAGCGCACAAAGCACAGAAGGAAACAGAAAACACCCAAGAAAUUCACAGGGGAGCAGCCAUCUAUCUCAGGGACCUUUGGGCUCAAAGGCCUGGCCAAAGCUGAGGACAAGGCCCGAGUUCAUCGCUCCAAGAAACAAGAAGGAUCAGGCUGUGAGGAAGUGCGGAAGAAGGUGCUGGCCACCCCUGUCACUGUCAGCAAGGAGGCACCAGCUCCUGUGGCCCACCCAGCCCCAGGUGGGGGCUGCCUGGCAGGACCCAGGACAGGUGGCCCUGAGGAGCAGUGGCAGCGAGCCAUCCAUGAACGGGGGGAGGCUGUCUGCCCCACCUGCAAUGUGGUUACCCGGAAGACCCUCGUGGGGCUCAAAAAACACAUGGAAGUAUGUCAUAAGUUGCAGGAAGCACUCAAAUGCCAGCACUGCCGGAAACAGUUCAAGUCUAAGGCUGGUCUCAAUUACCACACCAUGGCUGAACACAGUGCCAAGCCCACUGAUGCUGAGGCCUCUGAAGGGGGAGAACAGGAGGAGCGAGAGAGGCUUCGAAAGGUGCUGAAGCAGAUGGGACGCCUACGUUGCCCCCAGGAGGGCUGCGGAGCCGCCUUCUCCAGCCUCAUGGGUUAUCAGUAUCACCAGCGGCGCUGUGGGAAGCCAGCAUGUGAGGUAGACAGUCCCUCCUUCCCCUGUACCCACUGUGGCAAGACUUACCGAUCCAAGGCUGGCCAUGACUAUCAUGUGCGUUCAGAGCAUACAGCCCCGCCCCCUGAGGAGCCCACAGACAAAAUCCCUGAGGCUGAGGACCUGCUUGGAGUAGAACGGACCCCAAGUGGUCGCAUCCGUCGCACAUCGGCCCAGGUUGCCGUGUUCCAUCUACAGGAGAUUGCAGAGGAUGAGCUGGCCCGUGACUGGACCAAACGGCGCAUGAAGGAUGACCUUGUGCCUGAGACUGCACGGCUCAACUACACUCGGCCAGGCCUCCCUACACUUAACCCUCAGCUGCUGGAGGCAUGGAAGAAUGAAGUCAAGGAGAAAGGCCAUGUGAACUGUCCCAAUGAUUGCUGUGAAGCCAUCUACUCCAGUGUGUCCGGCCUCAAGGCCCAUCUUGCCAGCUGCAGCAAGGGGGACCACCUGGUGGGGAAGUACCGCUGCCUGCUAUGUCCCAAAGAGUUCAGCUCUGAGAGCGGUGUCAAGUAUCACAUCCUUAAGACCCAUGCAGAGAAUUGGUUCCGGACCUCAGCUGACCCACCUCCCAAACACAAGAGCCAGAACUCCUUGAUGCCUAGGAAAGAGAAGAAGAAAAGUCUGUCAGGAGGAAAGAAGCGGGGCCGUAAGCCCAAGGAACGGUCCUCUGAGGAGCCAGCAUCUAAGCUGCCACCUAACAGGGAUGACUGGCCCCCAGGAGGCAGAGACAAGGGGGCCCGAGGCUCUACUGGGAAGAAGGCUGGAACUGGGAAGGCACCUGAAAAGUGAGCCUAGUGGGCAGGGCCUAGCCACCAUGCCCAACUUUGUCCAGAUUAGGGGAGCCAGUUCCAGACCUGUCCUCCACCUCCACACACACACACCCAUCUGUCCAGAGGGUUGGCAAACCACUCUGAUCUCCCUGAAAGUGGUCCUUCCCCUGUUUAGGCUGCCUCACGUGGCUAGGUGGGGCUCCCCAGGAGUGCCAGGGGCAGCAGCAAAAGUGCAAUAGGCUGGGGCCCCAGCCAUUCCUACAAGGACAUUCUUGGACCUGGCAAAAUCUAGAGCUUUGGUGCCAUGGGGCAUGAAGUGUGCUUGAACAGCCAAAUGGCCCCUAUCUCCACCUCCCUCUGGCCCAGUAGGGUCCUCACUCUGACUCCCUCAAGGCUCAGACAUUCCUGGUGACCCAUAAUUGUGGGCUGAUGAGGCACCUGAGCAGCCUGGCUGCCAUCACUUAGGCCUCACCUCCACCCAACACUGGAUCUCCAGUAACUCCCAGCUACCUCCCAGGACAGACCCUGUCUAGCUACUGCCAUGCUGCCCUGACAGCCACCCACCCAUCUGUCCUCUUGCAUCCACUUAUGACCCCCUUGCUUCUGUUUUCUACCUCUCUGGGCCUACUCCUCUCCUCUGUCAUUUCUGCUGUGUUUCAGGCCUCACCCUACUGACUGGUGUGGUCAUGGUGGAAUAUGUAGCCUUCCAGGCAAGGAAAGAAUUCUGUGUGUUCUACCUUCAGGGAGGCCCAGACCCAUAGCUACCAACCCGAGAGCAAAGGACUAGAAUGUUCCACCUCCAGCCUUUAGUUUCUGAUCUUGUUGGCACCCUGAGGCAUGCCUCCCUGGGGCCACAGCCAUGUGAAGCAGAGGCUGGCCAGAAGGAGCCUCUAGCCCAGGAGUAGCGCCUAUGAGAGACUGCUUAUGUCUACCAUGCUAGGUGGGCCCAUAAGCCAAGUUCCGUGGAAGCUCUCUUUUUUUUUCCCCCUGCUUUAGCUGCUCUCAGUAUCUAGUGGCAGUCAGUCAUUGAUACAGAAACUAAGGGAUAGUGAAAGAUGGGGUCUCAGCCAGUGUAGUGGCUCUAGGCUGGGUCCCACCCCUUUAGGGGCCCUGAGGAUAACAGGGUCUGCAGGUUGGGCAAGGCCUGGAAGAGAGAUCUGGCCUCCUUCCUGGUUCUACUUUCUAACCCUACCCACCACUCUGAGCCACACCGGAAGAAGGCUGGAGGAGAAGAGAACAGGCUUUUUCCAGUGUGGGUAGGGGUGGACUUGAGUCCUCUGCUUCUGAUCCUGGACGAUGUGAAUUUUGAUAUUUGCCUGUGUGUGUCUCCUGGAUGUUGUUGAUGGCAGUCUUGUUGCUGUGACAAGUAGCAACCUUUUUUAAAAUUCUGGUUUUUUUUUUUUUUUUUUGGCUUGUUUGUUUGUUUUUCUUUUUUAUACAAAACUCAACAAUUUUAUGUUUUGGUGCUAAGGGUUACCUGGUGCCGAAGGUAGAGCUGGGCUGUAGUACUGACUGACACCUGCCCCCUAACCUCAGGGGGAGGAGUUCCAAGAAGAUUUGGGAUGGAGUCUUUUAUACACUCCUAUCUAGGAAGGCUCUGACUCUAGGCAACCCUGGCGUGAUAUGCUGGGGGUAUUGAAUGGACUCUUCAAUUCCUACACACCUUUGACAUGAUCAGAGGGUGGCCACAGAGGUGGGUAAAAUCCAGUGUCAAAGGUCAAAGGGUAGGCUGGGGCUUUUGGGUGGUGGUGUGCAAUUGCAGAAGGGAAUGGGGCCCAAGUGCACUUUCACAACACCUCUGUGGGGUGUGACCAUCCACCUCAGCCUCUCAGGUACUUGGCACUUGUAGGAAGAAGUAGGACCUGGGUUUUGCUGGGGGUUGAGUUUCCAGGACAUGCCUCAAAACCUUGAUAUGGGACUUGAGGUUCUGGUCACUUGAUGUUUAGCACUUUAACUCCUUUGUCUUUGAGGUGGGUGUGGGGGCAGCUAUCAAAGGCGGCAGUUGGAUAGGUACCAGCUGGUGGUGGCUGGUAAGGGGUUUUGGCAAGCUAGUCUGUAAAACUCUCUUCUAAGGUAGUAAGGCCCUCCCUGGGCAGGGUUCAUCAGUCUGCCCACCUUCCUACUCUGGCCCAAAGGUGACCACCAGCCUACACAGACCCUCAGAGGGACCAUCAUGGCAGAUCUCCAGGAGGUGGUGGGCUUGGACUUAGAGGCCCAAACAAACCCUGGGUCCUUGGCAAAAUGCAAAAGUCAGGGUCUCUACAGAUCUACCUCUGGCUCAGCGCUUGCCCUGCCCUAAAAAACAAAAGUGCCAAGGGCAGACAUUUCAUGCAGAACCAGGGUGCACUUUAUGUUCCUGCACAGGCAGAUAUUGGUGCCUCCUGGGGGCUUUGGGGCCUUCCUGUCCCUAUAGUGGUUCUGAGGGGAGAGUCAUUCCUGCCUUCCCCUGUUGGAUAGAACCCAGGCCCUUUGCCCUGGAGGCCUGGUUUCCCAGGUCACCCCUCAUACCUGACUGCAGCGCCUCCUAAACUUUGGGUUCCUUGGUUUGGUUUUAAUACAGUUCUCAUUACACAAGUGCAUUUCUGGCUAUCACUUGUAACCAUAGAUAUACAUGCAUAUAUAUUCUAUCUACAAAGUGUUUUAUUUGCAAGAUGUUUUUGAGGUGCGCUUGGGUCCUGCCCGCCUUGUGUUCAUCUGUCCCCAUCCUCAUACCCUGGCCCAGAGUGGUGCGGUGGUGGGCCGUCAAUUGUAUGUAUUAAAAUUACUGUAUCAAAUAAA